CGCUUCCAUGCCUGCCCUCUCUCUCGCCACUCUCCUCAACAGACAAACUGCUUCUCCUCCCCCAUCGCAGCAGCCAAAGCUCUUACGCAAUAUUCCAUUUUUUUCCCUGGAAAAACCUUGAUAUGCCGCUUCUAUCCCCACCCUUCCCGCCACUACCAUCAUGGCCAUGACCAGACACCAUCGAAUGCAUCAGGACCGUCCGUUCUCCAUCAAUGGCCUCCUCCCUCACAUGACCUCUUCUCCCCCCUUCCUCCCCUGGGCCUCACCCACAUCCUCUUAUCUUCUUAAAUGCUUCUCCACCGACUCCAACACUCCAACAGCCGCCGCCGUCUGAUCGCGCGAUUCCACCGUGCUUGCUCGAAUCCCACCGUCGAUCGAGACCCAAUCCCAAACCCCUCAAAUCCCACCUCAUCCAACCGUUGGAUCAUCAAAGUCAUAUCAACCUUAUUCAUUCAUUCUCCAUCCCUCGGUGCCCUUUCAAGCUUCUUUAUUGAAGCAUUAACCCCUUCAGUCGCUUACGCCGUUAUCAGACGCUUGGGCAACAGAAACCCCAAGCUAGCCCUUGACUUUUUCGAAUUUACAAAAUCGACCCUUGGGUUCAGUCACUCUGUCGGGACCUACAGCUGUUUGAUAAGAGUCCUCUGCGAAACAGGCCUCCACAAAGCGGCAAAAUCAGUUCUGGAUUGCAUGAUGAUCGACGGGCAUUCGGCCGACAAAUCACUUCUUGGGGACUUGGUAUCCGCUCAUGCUUUAGCAGGUAAUUAUGAUUCUGCCAUGGAUUUGCUUGUUAAAGCUGAAGAAUACAAAUGUAGGCCGAAUUCAGUUAUGUAUAAUAAUCUCUUGAAUCUAAUGGUUAAGAAGAAUCGAGUCGAAGAUGCAGUUAGGUUCUUUACAGAAGGGCAUUUUCAUCCGGAUACGUGCACUUUCAAUAUUGUAAUAAAGGGUUUGUGUAAAUUAGGCGACGUUGAUCGGGCAUUCAAGGUUUUUAGCGAAAUGGGCAGUUUUGAUUGUCGCCCAGACAUUGUUACGUAUAACACUCUUGUGAACGGAUUAUGUCGGAGUGAAAAGGUGGAUAGAGCACGUGAGCUAUUGGAUGAGGUACGAUCGAACGGUGUAUGUUCUCCAGAUGUGGUGACAUACACGUCGAUCAUAAGGGGGUAUUGCGAGGUGGGUCGGAUGGAUGAGGCGUCAUUGGUUUUCAAGGAAAUGGUUGUUCGGUUUGGAAUUAGGCCCAGUUUGGUCACAUAUAAUGUGAUGAUCAACGGUUAUGGUAAGGCAGGGGACACAGUCUCAGCUGUGUCAUUGUUUGAGAAGAUGGCGGUUGAUGGGUGUCUGCCCGACGUCGUGACGCUUACAUCUCUCAUCGAUGGGUACUGCCGAAAUGGACAAUUGGAUGAUGCAAUGAGGCUUUGGGAUGAGAUGGAAGGAAGGAAGCUUUUUCCGAAUGUGUAUACGUAUGGUGCUGUCAUCAAUGGUCUGUGCAAGGAAAAUAGAUUGAAUAAGGCCCGGGAGCUUUUGAUGCAAUUGAAGGGGAGGAGGGACAUCGUUCCGAGGCUGUUUAUGUACAAUCCUGUGAUCGAUGGGUUUUGCAAGGCAGGUAACGUAGACGAGGCGAAUAUAAUCGUGAAAGAAAUGGAAGAGAAGGGUUGUGUUCCUGAUAAGAUAACAUUUACAAUUUUGAUUAUUGGGCAUUGUAUGAAAGGGAGAAUGCGUGAAGCCAUUGGCCUUUUUGAUAGAAUGUUAGCCAUUGGGUGUGCGCCGGAUACUAUUAUGAUUAGCUGUUUGGUAUCUAUUCUUUUGAAGGCUGGUAUGCCAAAUGAAGCCACUCAAAUUGUACAAACGGUGUCAGCAAAGGACUUCAAUUUGAAUUUAGCUUCUUUGAGCCAGGUUUGUUCAUUAAAGAAAAAUAUGGACAUUCCGGUGGCUGUCUAAUGGGCCUUACUGAGUGUCUUGGGAGGGAUAAAUGGGGUCUGUAUGUGAACUCCAUGAUGCAUGUGGAGAUCUUCGCACGGGUCUGUUCAGCAAUGUCAACUGUGCAUCCAGCCAAAGUUAUGCCUUUUCAUCUCCUUGGUGAGCUCUCUACACAAGAGUCAAGGCACAAGGCUAGUGGCAGCGGAGAAUUAAGUCGGAUGUUAGAAUCUAUAGGAGAGAUGAGCUACGUUCCAGGCUUCCCAUUCUAUAACUGCAUGCAUGGUACCUGGAUUUUCCAUUGGUAUGUGAAAGAGGCAAUCUCACAGUUUUUCCUACUUGUAACAUAACUCAUCGGGAAGGGCCGAAUUUGGCCCUUUUUUCCCCAUGAUAACUAGUGAAACGAGUUCUUCGUAA